AUCACAAGUUUGAAGUCGUUAAUGGGGAAGAAAUGCAUCAGAGUUUAAUAGAAAACUGCAAUUGUUUCUUCUUGACUUUGGGUCGUAUACGCAGUCGAUCUCUUAUCUUUACAUGUCAUAUUUUAACAAUGACAAUUUCAAGCGCUGGGCAAGAGCAUAUCAGCCCGCUAUCUAUACCAAUAUGGAGAUCAGCAAUUAUAUUGAAAGCUGGCACAAUCAGCUGAAAGCGACAUAUUUAAAAAGAAAGCAGAACCGAAGAGUAGGCAGACUGAUAUUCAUACUAGUGAAUGAUGUUGAAGAGGAUUAUCUCCAAAAUAUACAAAGGCUGAUGCUAAAAGUUGGUAGAAUGGGCCCUGAAGAAAGAAGAAGAAGGGCGAGGCAAAUAAAAGCCGAUCAAAUCAACCUGGAGUGUAUUCCUGAUAUGAUUACAGAAAGUGGUACAUCUGGAGGUUACCUAGUCCAGCUGUUCAACAAUGUAGAACUUCAGCACAAAAUCAUUGUAAUGGAAAAUGAAAUGAAGAGCUGCAUCUGUAACGGUUUUAGGAACAACAACAUUGCUUGUAAACAGAUGUAUCUGCUCAAUCGUUUACAUGCUGGAAUAACUCCUUUUAAAGGUAAAUUGCGAGGUCUACGUAUUUGUAGAUAACUUAUACAAAAACCUACUUUCAUUUAUAAGAAAACAUCGUAUCAUUUAAGCAAGGAGACUCGGUUGUUCAAGUUAAUGCUAUUAACAAUGCUGCUGAAAACAGAGUUGUUGCUACAGGACAUUUUUCUACGUCUCAGGAUAAUCUAACAGCUGAAAUGGCUAAUCUUCCUGCUGCUUAUCGCUCUUAUAGAGAAAAUCCAUACCGUUUAACUGAUAAGCAAAUAGCAAAUAUAAGAUUGGGAGCAGAACUGAUACUGUCUGCAAUUGACGAAAAUAAUACUAGAAGAAACAAUGCAACAAACCAAAGUUUUUCAACCCAAAGACG